AUGGCCACCGGCGCCACCAACACGACGCGCAAAUACACUCCCAAGCUAUCAGGAACAUCCGUUCUUGUCAUCGGCGGCACAUCCGGGAUCGGGUACGGCGUCGUCGAAGGGCUGAUCGAGCACAAGGUGUCCAACGUCUACAUUUCGUCGUCGCGCCAGUCCAGGAUCGACUCGACCAUCGCGCGGCUCAAGGGCACGUACCCGGACGCACUAGGCACCACCACACGCGUCACCGGGAUCGCGUGCGACCUCGGCGACGAAGCGACACUCGAGUCCAACGUCAAGGCUCUGUACGCUUCAAUCCCGGAGCCGCUCAACCACGUGGUCUUCACCGCCGGGGACGCGCUGGGCAUCAAGCCGCUCGACGACGUCGACCUCGGGUUCUUCAAGCAGUGCGGCAUGGUGCGCUUCUUCGCGCCGUUCUUCGUGACGAAGUACGCGCGCGAGCGUCUCGUGCCGGGCGUCGCGAGCAGCGUCACCCUGACGACCGGCGGCGUGAGCGAGAAGCCCUCGCCGAACUGGGCCGCCAUCACGCCCUGGAUGACCGGCCUGCACGGCAUGUGUAGGCAGUUCGCCCUCGACCUGGCCCCCCUGCGCGUCAACAUCGUCAGUCCAGGCGCCGUGAGGACAGAGCUGUGGGACACCGUCAUCACAGACCCCAAGGUCCGCGAGGCCGCGAUCGAGACGUACGCAAAGAAAAUGGCCACGGGUCAGGUCGGGAACGUCGACGACGUCGCCGAGUCGUAUCUCUAUCUCAUGAAGGACAAGAAUGUCACGGGCACGGUGAUCAGGUCUGAUGGUGGGGCGUUUUUAUUGUAG